GCCCGCUGCUGAUCCGCUCUCGACCACAUCGCUGUUUGGUCUGGCAGGAGAGACUGCUUCGCUCUUUUUUCUUUUUCUUUUUUUUUCUCUGUGCACCUCGGAUAAAGUGAACUAUUCGGCUCACAAACCGAUUUGAAUCCUCUUCGAGACUCGCUGAGCCGAAAUGGAUUUGGAGUCAUUUAAAAAAGUGGUUUAUUAAGUGUUCGGUGUCAAGCUUUGGAUCCUUUUUUUUUGUUUUCUCGCACUCUUUUUCUUCCAUUCAUUGGUUCGCACCAGUGGGCAUCCAGGCAUGGUUAUGCACGUAGGUACAGGUACGGCUUUUUUGCUCUACCUCGUGCUGAAUUUCUUCAGCAUUCAUGCCUUUUCCAGCAGAUCAGAGAGCUCGAGCUUCUGCAGGAUCCUUCGCAGCCCGAACAGGGGCGCGCGCAGAGAAGGGCACAACGAAUACCGACUCCGGGUGGAAGGAGAUCCCGAGACGUAUCAGGCUGGAAGCACUUACAGAGUGAGUUUAUACGCCUCCAGUCCCUCGUACUUCCGAGGUUUCACUCUGAUUGCUCUGAAGGAAGGAAGAGAAGGAAGCAGCCUCAAUGAUUAUGCUGGUAAUUUCGAGAUCAUAGAUAAAGAAGACUCUCAGUUCAUGACCAACUGCCCUCCAGCUGUCACAGAGAGCGUUCCCCGGAGACGCACACGGAUCCAGGUGUUCUGGACGGCGCCCCCUUCAGGCAGCGGAUGUGUGAUACUUAAGGCGAGCGUGGUACAGAGGAAGAUAAUAUCCUUCCAGGAUGAAGGCUCUCUCACCAGGAGGCUGUGCGAGAAAGAUCCUCUGAGAACCACAGAGAAGCCUUUGAAUGAAUGCUGCGCAUGUGGAACAGCCAAGUACCGGCUCACCUUCUACGGGAACUGGAGUGAGAAAAUCCAUCCCAAAGAUUAUCCACGCCGAGCCAAUCACUGGUCAGCUCUGAUCGGCGCCUCUCACACCAGGAAUUAUGUGCUGUGGGAAUACGGAGGAUACGCCAGCGAGGGGGUGCGUCAAGUCGCUGAGCUCGGCUCGCCGGUCAAAAUGGAGGAGGAGAUCCGUCAGAAGGGCGAUGACGUGAUGACGGUGAUCAAGACGAAAGCUCAGUGGCCGGCCUGGCAGCCUCUUAAUAUUCGUGCUGCUCCCUCGGCCGAGUUCUCCGUGGACCGAUCCCGUCACCUCAUGUCGUUUUUGACCAUGCUCGGCCCGAGUCCUGACUGGAAUGUUGGCCUGAGUGCUGAGGAUCUGUGUACGGCUGAGUGCGGCUGGGUUCAGAGACUCACUAAAGACCUGCUGCCUUGGGAUGCCGGGACAGACGGUGGACACAGCUACGAGUCCCCCAACAAACCAACAGUUCCCCAGGAGCGCAUUCGACACCUCACCAGCCUCGACCACCCUCAAAGCCCCUUCUAUGACCCUUCAGGAGGCCCGAUAACACCUCUGGCACGAGUGUUGGUGGAGAGGAUCGCCAGGAAGGGAGAGCAGUGCAACACGGUUCCUGACACGGUGGACGAUAUUGUGGCUGACAUAGCCCAGGAGGAGACUGAGGAAGGAGACAGCACUCCAGAGACAUGUAUCUACUCGAACUGGUCUCCGUGGUCCGCGUGCAGCUCAUCCACGUGUGCGAAGGGUUUACGCAUGAGGCAGAGGAUGCUGAAGGCUCAGCUGGACGCUGGCGUGCCGUGCCCUCACACGCAGGACUUCGAGCCCUGUAUGGCACCCGGUUGUAUCGAAGAGGAGGCGUCUCCGUGCAUGCUGUCCGAGUGGAUCAGCUGGUCUCCGUGCAGCGCCACGUGCGGGAUGGGCAUGAGAUCCAGAGAGCGAUAUGUUAAAGUGUUUCCAGAGGACGGCUCGAGCUGCAGGGAGCCCACGGAGGAAACAGAGAAGUGUGUGGUCAACGACGACUGCUCCCCCAGUAGCUGUAUCGUGACGGAGUGGGCCGACUGGGAGCCGUGCAGUGUGAGCUGCGGUGUAGGGAUGAAGAAGAGGGCGAGGAUGAUGAAGAUGCCCGCGUCUGACGGCUCUGAGUGCCGAGCCGAGCUAAUGGAGGUGGACAAGUGCAUGAUGCCUGAGUGCAAUGCCUUUUCCUGUAUGGUAUCAGAGUGGUCAGACUGGGGUCACUGCAGUGUGUCGUGUGGGGUGGGAAUGCACGUGAGGCGGCGUAUGCUGAAGAUCCCGGCGCUGCCUGGUCAGUGUACUGAACAACUGGAGCAAGCAGAGAAGUGCAUGAUGCCCGAGUGCCCUGUGGACUGUAUGCUGUCGGAGUGGACCGAGUGGUCCGAGUGUAAUAAGUCCUGCGGGAAGGGUCAUAUGAUCCGAACCCGCAUGGUGAAGUUAGAGCCACAGUUCGGGGGAAUCCCGUGUUCUGAAACCGUGCAGAGGAAGAAGUGUAAGAUCAGGAAGUGCACACGGGGCCCGCGGGCCAGCGACCGCAAAAAAUCCAAGCAGGACUCCACAGAGAGGCGGAGAUCUAAAGCGGGACGGCUGUCAACAUGGACAAACGAGGAGAUACCAGGAAGUUGCAAAUUAGGCCAAUGGUCCAACUGGACGGACUGUACCAAGCAGUGUGGCGGGGGUGUCCAGCAGCGUGUGAGGCCUGUGAGGAAGAAAGACAAAGGCAAAUGCAGGCCUCUCAAAGAGAACCGCAUGUGCAAUGAGCAGUCCUGCUAAAGAACUCUACAUUUCUUAUACACAGACACGACACAAACGUACAAACACAAACCCACACAAACAGAGGCGUGACGCAUGAGGAGCGUGAGGUCUUUUUUCCAGACUGGUUAGAUGACGUGUAGAGAUUUUAGAAUAGUACACACAUGGUAAAAGAAGACAACACAGAUGUCUGUGAUUAGUUUUAGUUGCCUUUUUCAGCAGCUAUAUGUAUUACUAUCUAACCAACCAACUUCACAGUAACACACUACAACACACUGCUUGGUUUUCUUUGCUGGAUGCUAUCUGUCUUUUUUUUGUUGUUUGUUUGUUUGUUUUUUUUUGACAUUUUUCUUUUACACUAUUUCUGAACCCUGUCUCACUUUGCAUUUACUGUACAGUUGAUAUUAAAGUGUGCUUUUCACA